AAUGUCUCUCCCUAACUUUCCUUCCCAACUGCAAACUCUCCUAAACUCUCUCUCUCCCUCUCUCUCCCCCUUCCACCAUCUGAGUUUUGAUCAGUUCCCCAGAGAACUCUCAACCACUCUUAUCCAUUCCAGAGCUCUGAGUCUGACCGGCGAAGAUGUCACUUUCAGUCGGAUGAUCGGUUCUCAAGCGCUCGAGAUUGCAUUUCGUGCGUUCGGGGACGAUGCAGCGGGGAAUUACCGGUUGAUUCUUCUCGAGUGUGUUAAAUGAGAUUGCUUGGACGGGUUUGGAUGCAGAGAGAGCAGUCCCGAGAAGCGCCAGAAGACCGCAGCAACAUAUGCAUCUAUGAGGACUAGGGCACGGACACGGAGCCGCAGCUGCCGCCACAGUUGUCGUCGUCCAUCCAUGCGCGGAUGUUUCAGAUGGAAUGGCAGAUCCUGUCAGUUAUGGCAAUUCUGAGCGCAACAUUGAGCAAGCACUCAUUACUUUGAAGAAAGGCACUCAAUUGAUCAAGUACAGUCGAAAGGGAAAGCCAAAGUUUUGUCCAUUCAGACUUUCUCCGUGGCAUUCACAGGAUGAAACAACACUGAUCUGGUUAUCGCAUGGAGAAGAAAGAACUCUGAAAUUAUCUUCCGUCUCACGAAUAAUUCCUGGACAGAGAACUGCUGUGUUUAGAAGGUAUCUGCGCCCAGAGAAGGAUUACUUGUCAUUCUCACUUCUGUAUAAUAAUGGCGAUAGAUCUUUGGAUUUGAUUUGCAAGGAUAAAGUUGAGGCAGAGGUUUGGCUUGCAGGACUUAAGGCACUGAUUUUGCCUGGCCAGCAUCGUAAUAGACGUACUAGAAGUGACAUAUUUGAUUUGCACGACGGAGGUGAAUUUCUCCCAAAUGGGCGUCCUUUAGAUCCGAGUCUAGAGUUUACUUCAAGUAUUGCUCGUGGUAGGGUCUCUGUUGACUGUCCCCGUGAAUCUUCGGUAAGUUUGGGAAGCUCAGAUGUGGGUUCAGAACGCGCAAAUAUGCAGUUGAGAACAAGUACUGGUGGUGAUGGUUUUCGAAUUAGUGUUUCAAGCACUCCGAGCUGUUCAAGUGGUGGAUCUGGACAAGAUGACAUAGAGUCUUUAGGAGAUGUUUAUGUUUGGGGUGAGAUAUGGUACGAUGUGGUGUUACCUGAUGGAACAUCUUCUCCAGACUCGGCUCCAAGAAAAGCUGACAUGAUUAUACCUAAAGCCUUGGAAUCAGACGUAGUCCUCGAUGUUCACCAGAUCGCUUGUGGUAGCCGACAUGUUGCUCUUGUAACGAGGCAAGGUGAAGUUUUCACUUGGGGCGAGGAAUCGGGUGGGAGACUGGGGCAUGGAUAUGACAGAGACUUCUGUCGCCCCAAUCUUGUUGAGUUCCUCGCUGUGAGUAAUAUUGAUUUUGUUGCGUGCGGAGAAUGCCACACUUGUGCAGUCUCUACAAUGGGCGAUUUGUUUACUUGGGGUGAUGGUACUUACAAUGCUGGACUUCUCGGCCAUGGUACCGAUGUUAGUCAUUGGGUGCCUAAACGAGUCUCUGGCACUCUGGAAGGAAUCCAAGUCCUAUCUAUCGCUUGUGGCACAUGGCACACCGCUUUAUCCUCUUCUAAUGGGAAGUUGUAUACCUUCGGUGAUGGUACUUUUGGAGUUUUGGGUCAUGGAGAUCGACUCAGUGUCGCUUACCCUAGGGAAGUAAAAUCGCUUUGCGGACUCAAGACUAUUAAGGUUGCAUGUGGGGUGUGGCACACUGCGGCCAUUGUUGAGGUUAUGAACCAGACUGGCGGGAAUGUCUCCUCUCGGAAGCUCUUUACUUGGGGCGAUGGCGACAAGUACCGUUUAGGCCAUGGUAACAAAGACACUUACUUAACGCCCACUUGUGUUCCUUCUCUCAUCGACUAUAACUUCAACCAACUAGCUUGCGGGCAUACAAUGACCUUGGCACUAACAACGUCCGGCCACAUUUUUACUAUGGGAAGUGCCGCGAAUGGUCAACUCGGGAACCCGGCUGCUGAUGGAAAGCUACCUUGUUUAGUCCAAGAUAAAUUGGCGGGCGAAUUUGUCGAGGACAUUUCUUGCGGUGCGUUUCACGUGGCUGUUCUAACUUCCAGAAGUGAAGUGUACACCUGGGGAAAAGGUGCUAACGGUAGACUGGGCCAUGGGGAUGUGGAAGACAGGAAAGUCCCGACUUUGGUCGAAGCACUGAAAGAUCGGCAUGUGAAAAGCAUAUCAUGCGGUGAGAAUUUUACUGCAAGUAUAUGUAUCCACAAGUGGGUCUCUGGGGCAGAUCAGUCUGUUUGCACAGCUUGCAGGCAAGCGUUCGGUUUUACCAGAAAGAGGCACAAUUGUUAUAACUGUGGAUUGGUCUACUGCCAUGCCUGCAGCUCCAAGAAAGCAUUAAAAGCAGCUUUGGCUCCAACUCCUGGAAAGCCACAUCGUGUUUGUGAUGCUUGUUUCGCGAAACUGAAAGCUGCAGAGGCAGGUAAUUACUCGGGGAUGAAUAGAAGAGUGACUGUCCCACGCCAAUCGAUAGACGCAAGGGAGAGAAUCAGCAGGGGAGAGGUUAAGUCUUCAAGGACCCUGCUUUCUCCCACCAUGGAACCGGUUAAGUACAUCGAGGUUAAAUCAGGAAAGGCUGGGAACAAGAGCGAUUCCCUUUCUAUGAUACGAGCUUCCCAGGUUCCUUCGCUUUUACAGCUCAAAGAUAUUGCAUUCCCGAGUUCAUUGAGCGCUCUUCAGAAUGCUUUAAAACCAGUAAAUACCACACCCUCUCAGUCUGCUCCGAACUCAAGAUCUCCUUCCCCAUACUCGGGGGGACCAAGCCCUCCACGCUCGGUCACUCCUGUGUUUUCAAGGGGUCUGAUCGAUAGCCUUAGCAAGACGAAUGAGUACAUGAACCAAGAGAUAUUGAAGUUGCAGAAUCAAGUUAAAUAUUUCAGGCAGAAGUGUGACAUUCAAGAUGCUGAGAUAAAGAAGUUAAAUAAGAAUGCCAAGGAAGCGUCUUCGGCAGCUCCAAAAGAAUCUUCUGUUCCUACAGCAGUCAAAGGACUUGUCCAUUCAAUUAUUACUCAGCUGAAAGAAACCGCUGAAAAGUUGCCUGCUGUGGGAGAAGAAAAAGAGACCUUCAACUCACUGCGAGCCCAACUCGAAUCUAUCCUAAAUUCCGCUGGAGCAGCUUCUUAUUCUUCCUUCCCGUCGAGUCAGGAAGUCGACCAACAUGGUUCACCGCAGUCUACUGUUUCCACAGAGGACCACCAUGCAGAUGCCAUAUCUAGGACCGGGAGUCAGGAGAAUAUCAGUCUGUCCUCACCGAGCAUACAGGAAGGUGCAUCACAACAUCACUCCGGAAGUCGCCAUAAGCAUGUCAGUUCUUCGUCGAGUAAUGGAGUCACGCAGGUGAUCGAGCAAUUCGAGCCCGGGGUCUACAUAACUCUGGAUCUUCUGCCUAAUGGUAUCAAGACCUUUCACAGAGUUAAAUUCAGUAAGCGGCGGUUUGCGGAGCAACAGGCAGAGGAAUGGUGGGAGAAGAACAAGGAUCGAGUCUUCAAGAAGUACCCGCCAUUGAAGGCUGUUCAACCGCCGACCACUCCGAAAACUCCAGCAGGAGAGAGUACUGAGAUGGUACCGUCUUCUUCUGAGUCAUAGAACGUUAUAAGAGAUACAUAAUUAGAGUAGUCUUAGAAACUAAGAAUGAUGAUGCAGAGGCUGCUUAAUUUGCCAAAUCACAUAGUAUGAUUAGGAGCAGAAUUAACGGAUCAUCACUUGUAGUUGCCUUUUCGAGUUUGCUUCUCUUUGAAGCUACAAUACUUUUUGGGUUCUGAUUACUUUGCCAUUUAUUUUUGCCGAAUUACGCUGUAGAAUAUUUCUGCGAAGAUUCUUGUUGUAAAGCUCUUCUUGUUGUAUGUGAUGAUCAAUAACUAAGGCUAAGGAGUCUUUUUCUUCUCA